AUGAGCCACCCCACGAUGGCUGGAUCGGAUGUGGUAAGUACAGAUCUCGCCUCACGAGCAGUCAAGGAUUCCACCGUCGUCAGAUUCAGUUCCGUUACUCCAGCCAGCGAGAGCUUCUUUUCGCUCCGAACCCCAGCCGCACUAGCACCGCGCUCCGGGGCGCCGAAAGGGUUCUCGGCUCUUGCUGGCACCAGAACGUGCCAGCUUCGAUGUCAGCGCCGCGCUCCGAGCGGUCUCGAUGCUAGCCCCAGACCCGGCAUUGCCACCCAGCGGCUGCACUGGCUCGGCUGCAUCGAAGCAGAAAGUGCGUUUGUCAGCCAGGGUGGUGGCAUGGAUGCAGACGUUCAUAGUCCCAAACGUCAUGGCUCCCGCUCGCCCAUCGGCACGUCGGUCACGUUCGGUCUUCGGGCCACCCACAAUCCUCCUGUCCAAGUGCCUCCGCAGCCAGCUGAGCAUUCGGAGCCUCUGGCCGCAUCCACCUCGUCGCUCGACAACAUGAACGGAAUCGCAUCUUCGCCUACGGUGGUUGGCAAGGACGAAAUCUACGACCUGCUGGGCAUCGGGUAUGGGCCUGCGCAUCUGGCGCUGUCCAUCGCGCUGCGCGAGUCGGCCGAGGCGGGCGAAGCCAACUUCAAGGCGCACUUCCUGGAGCAGCGCGCGCACUUUGCAUGGCAUCCUGCGCUGCUGCUGCCCGGGUCGCAGCUGCAGGUGUCGCCGCUCAAGGACCUGGUGACGCUGCGCGAUCCGACGUCGACGUACAGCUUCUACAACUACCUCCACUCGCACGGCCGCCUGGCGCGCUACAUCAACAAGGAGCAGGGCGUGCCUAGUCGACGCGAGUGGACUGCUUACCUCGCCUGGGCCGCACGUAGGAUGGCGGACGCAGUAUCGUACGGCCAGAACGUGAUCUCGAUCGAACCGCUGACCAUCGUGGCGGCCGAGGCCAAGCAGCACGAGGUGACGGUUAGGCAGGCGGAUGCGGAGGAUACAUUGUGUCUGUACCGCGUCACUACGCGAGAGGCCGACGGCGGCAAGGUGGUGCGCUAUGCGCGCAACUUGUCCGUCGCCGUCGGUGGUGUACCCAAGCUUCCGGCUGCGUUCGAAGCGGCGUAUGCGCAGCAAGCCGAGGGGGUGGCGCGCAUCGUGCACUCGGGCACGUACUUGCCAUCCAUGCGCAUGCUCGAGCCCAAAUUGCACGAAAUCGCCUCGAAGCGGCAACAGAGCGCGGGCGAUGCGGUGGACGACUCGUCGCGUUUGCGUCUGGCGGUCAUCGGUGCAGGCCAGUCGGCUACCGAGAUGCUGAUGAACCUGCACGCGCGCUUCCCCACUGCGAUUGUCACGAUGGUCUUCCGCGCCUCGGCACUGGUUCCUUCGGACGACACGGGAUUCGUCAACUCGGCUGCGUUCGACCCGGAGCGCACCGACGAGUUCUGGCACGCGAGUGCGAGCCAGCGCCGCGCGUGGCUGACCGAAUUCAAGCGCACCAACUACUCGGUGGUGCGUACGGAUCUGCUCAACGAACUGCACGACACCAUGUACGACAAGUUCAGCGUGCAGCUUCCCGACGAGCUGCAGGACGUCGACGAGAAGCACGCCGGUCGCAUGGAGAUGCGUCGCUGCACCGAAGUCGACCACGUCCGACUCACCGAGGACGGGGUAGAGCUGGAGCUGCGCGACAAGUUGCGCAACGGGAGGGUGGAGAGGGUGGUGUUCGAUGCGGUGUUUGUGGGGACUGGAUUCGUGCGUUCGCCGAGUAGGAUGGCCUUCCUCGAGCCGCUGCGCGCGUUUUACCCCGCACUGGACGGCGAGUGGAUGGGGCGCGAGACGGGGUCAGAGGAGGACGAGGUGGCGAGGCUGGUGGAUGUCGAAGACGAAGAGGUGCUCGAGCGCAGGCGCGAGAACAUUCGCGGCAUCACGAGGGAUUACAGGCUCGUGGGCGCUGCCGCUAUGCGUUCGGCACUGCGAAGCGGAAAGGCUUCGCCCGCAAGCGAUGCCUCCUCCACCUCGUCGCAGCAGACGCUGGCGAGUCAGGCCGAAGAGCGCAAUCUGCCCGAACCCGCGCUGUACGUCCUCGGCGGCAACGAGGCAACUCACGGUCUGUCGGAUAGCUUGCUGUCCAUCGUUGCACACCGUGCAGGCGAACUGUCAACAUCGCUGCUUGACAGACUGCCGCGCUCCAGAGCGGCUACUGCCCCCUCCACCACAUCCCCACCCCCCACGCAGACGCAGACGCAGACGCACAAGAUUCAAAAACCCCUCACUCUCCCAGCCCUGCAGCACAUGUCGCUCAACUAA